AUGGUUAAAUUCUGCGAUGAAUGGACAUUCAGUGUGGAUGCGAAUCGACUUUAUGACUUUGUCAAUGAUUCGAGUGCUAGAUCUACCGACUUCGCUGCUAACGAGAGAGGGACCAAUACAUCUCUGGAUGGCUAUGGUAGAGAAUACACAAACUCAAGUGUCGACAUUUUCAACGAAGAAAGGGUUCACCUUCAACUACCGGAUAGAACCCUUGCGUAUAUCAUUUUCAUGGGUUUACAAGACAGCAUUCAGAGGUCUGAAGGUGUACGGCAAAGCAAUCAUGACUACAUUCUUGAAGCUAUUGGCGAACUUCACAAAAAUCAUGGCGAUGGAGGUCUACUAGAAAUAUUUCUUGCCUUACGAAACAACGAAGAUCAGAAAUUGGCCGAAUACGCAGAUCAGUAUGUUGGGAGAAUGCUCGAUGAAUUGCCUAUCACCGAACAUGGCAAGGUGACCCAGUUCCCAGGUCUUUUCACGAUAGUGGAUGGAAUAGAAACUUUUCAUCCUGAUCUAUCUCAGGCGUGGCUCGAGCACUUGAGUAGAAAGUAG